AUGGGCUGGCUCGCACCUGUCGUGAUUCGGGCGAAGAUCCUGAUCCAGACCACCUGGCUUCAGCAACUCGACUGGGACACUCCACUACCUGCCAAGGACGUCAAACGUUGGCAACAGCUGCUGAACCAGCUACCUCUGCUCAGCAACAUACGGGUGAAUCGCUGGCUCAGCACCGACAGCGAUUACUCCACGUUGCAGAUCCACGGCUUCGCAGAUGCAUCAGAGCGAGGAUAUGCUGCCGCCGUUUACAUCCGCAACUCUGGAACGAAACAAACCACCAUCAAUUUAAUCAUGGGGAAAUCCAAAGUCGCGCCCGUCAAGCCAGUUUCGUUGCCUCGCCUUGAACUGUGCGCUGCUGUGCUACUCACCACGUUGACGUUGCAUAUCCGAAACACCCUCGGCUUGACAUCAACUCCAGUGCACCUGUGGUCCGAUUCCAAGGUCACUCUCCAUUGGAUCCAGGGACACGCCGCUCGCUGGAAAACGUUCGUCGCCAACCGGGUGGCUCACAUCCAGACUCAGCUCCCGGACGCUCAGUGGAGACACGUGGCCGGGAAGGACAAUCCUGCAGAUUGCGCAUCACGAGGAAUUAAUCCGGAAGAGCUAGUCAAUCACACGCUAUGGUGGACGGGACCUACCUGGUUGGCACUGGACGAGACAGCAUGGCCCAGCUCAGAGGUCCACAUCGCAGAGGAUGACCUUCCUGAACAGCGCACCACCAGCCUGAUGACCAAGGGCUCCGUCGUCGUCGAACCGGACAUCCUUCUUCGGUUCUCUGCGCUUCAUCGGCUGCUACGCGUUACGGCCUGGUGUCGUCGAUGGCUCAACGUGGCGAGCCGAGAGGUCACACUUGGUCGUCCGCUGCAUCCUGACGAGCUGGACGCCGCCCUACUUCAGUGGCUUCGAAUUGUGCAGGCACUCCACUUCCCGGACGAGAUAGCCGCUGCCACUGCGAGACGUCCCGGUCCACCACGCAGUUCACUGAUCAAACUCAGUCCAUUCCUCGACGACCAAGGUGUACUGCGCGUAGGAGGGCGCCUCAAACACGCUCUGCUGCCUUACGACGAGAAGCACCCGGUGAUCGUUCCGCCGGCCUCCUGGAUGACGCGACUGCUCAUCGAGUCCUGCCAUCGUCGGUCUCUACACGGCGGCGUCCAGAUGACUCUCGGCUUGCUUCGUCAUCGAUUCUGGGUGCCACGAGGAAGGACCGUCAUUAAGCAGCAACUUCAUCGGUGCGUCACUUGCACUCGCUGGCGAGCGGCCACUCCACAGCCUCCAAUGGGCAACCUUCCGCGUGACCGAGUGACGCCGACUCGGCCAUUCCUGAGCACUGGCCUGGACUACGCGGGACCCAUCUUCAUCCGGACCAGCAAGGGGCGCGGACACCGCUCACAGAGAGGAUACAUAGCUGUCUUCGUAUGCUUUUGGUCUAAGGCUAUCCACCUCGAAGUCGUCUCGGACUACAGUUCCGAGGCCUUCAUCGCCGCCUUACGUCGCUUCGUUUCCCGCAGAGGCCUGUGUACGGACGUGUACAGCGACUGCGGCACGACGUUCGUCGGCGCCGAUCGCACCCUGCGCGAGCUCUUCAAGGCGUCAUCUUCCGAGGGCCAUCACAUCGCUCGCGCCGCCAACAAUCAAGGGAUCCGCUGGCACUUUAAUCCGCCAGCGGCCCCUCACUUCGGUGGUCUGUGGGAGGCUGCCGUAAAAUCCACAAAGUUCCACCUCCGUCGAGUAAUCGGCGAAACCACCCUCACAUAUGAGGAGCUUAGCACACUCCUCACGCAAAUCGAGGCGUGUCUUAAUUCUCGUCCGUUGCAGGCUUUAUCAGACGAUCCGGACGACACUUCGGCGCUCACACCAGGCCACUUCCUCAUCGGGGCGCCACUAUUAGCCGUACCUGAGCCAUCGUCGACUGGUCAACCAGCAUCCACACUGUCACGCUGGCGUCAUCUCCAAUUGAUGCGAGACCAUUUUUGGCAGCGUUGGUCAGCGGAGUACGUGCACGGCCUCAACCCCCGCACCAAAUGGGUCAAGUCCGAGGCCGCACCUCACGUGGGAGACCUCUGUCUCAUUCGUUCGGAGCUCACCCCUCCGACCCGAUGGCCUCUCGCACGGAUCACGAGACUGCAUCCCGGGGACGACGGUAUCGUCCGCGUGGUUUCGGUCCGCACCGCCACAUCCGAAUUCGUGCGCCCGCUCGUUAAAUUAGUCAUGCUUCCGGGCGCGGAUCGUAUUCCUGGCAUGACUAACGCGGACACAUCGUCCGCCGGCACAUAA